UGCAGACAGAGAGAGAGACAGAGUUUUUCUAGAGAGAGAAAGAGGGUGAGACGGGUAGGAGAGGGGGAUGCGAGGGAAGAAGAUAAGGUAAAAGAGAAGGUGAAAGAAGUUAGAGAGAGAGAGAGAUUUGGAAGGAAUAAGAGAGAGAAACAGUGGCUGAGAAGAAGGGAAAGUAAUAGAGAGAGAGAGAGAAGCGGAUACAGAAGGGAAAAGAGAGGGAGGAGGAGGAAAAGCACUGAACAGUGUAAAGAUUGAGGCUCCAUAACAGUGUGGAGAGUGCGAAAAGGGGCGAAAGAGAUAGAGAAGAGGUCCAUAGAGAUACAAUGAUGGCGGAAUACGAUUCGAAGCUCCAGCCCCGCGACUGCCACACCUCAGAAGAGGAAGACAGCCGCAGCAGCGGAGGCGCCACCACGAAAAAAGCCAGAAGCAGCAGCAACAUCACCACCGCAACCCCCACCACUGACAUCACCACCACUGGCCGAAAGCCCCGGGGCCGCCCCCCGGGCUCGAAAAAUAGGCCGAAGCCCCCCAUCAUUCUCACACGGGACAGCGAGAAUGCCAUGCGCCCCCACAUACUUGAGAUCCCGUCCGGCCAUGACAUUGCUGAUGCGGUUGCCACGUUUGCCCGCCGCCGCCAGCUUGGCCUCUGUGUCAUGAGCGGCUCCGGCACCAUCUCCAAUGUCACCCUCCGCCAGCCCACCACCCCUGGUGCCACCGUAACUUUUCAUGGUAGAUUUGAUAUUCUCUCUCUCUCGGCCACGUAUUUACCUUCUUCUGAGGCGGGGUCACCGGGCUUCACCAUUUCGCUGGCAGGGGCCCAUGGGCAGGUUGUGGGUGGGGCCGUGGUUGGGAGCUUGAUUGCGGCAGGGACGGUGGUGAUUGUGGCAGCGUCAUUUCAGAGCCCGUCGUUCCAUAGGCUUCCGGCAGAUGAUGACGAUUCAGGCGAGAAUCGGGCCGCAGCAACACCGCCUGUGAGCACAGCAGGAGGUUCCGGCGAGUCAUGCGGGGUGUCCUCAAUUUACAGCGUGUCCGCGACGCCCCUCGGUUGUCACUUGCCUUCGGAUGUGCUCUGGACGCCUGGUGCUCGACCACCUUAUUGAAGGGUAGAGAGAGAAAGCACCCACCAUUUUUUGUCUUGCCAAGCUGUGGAGAGAGAAAGUGACAUCCAGAAAGACAAGACGGUGAGAAAUACAAAUUCUGGAUGGUUGCGCCUUCUAGAGAGAGAGAGAGAGAGAGAGAUUAAGGUAGAGAGAGAAAGAGAUGCGCACGCGAGGCGUGGGGUCGUACCGCGGUGGGUCGUUGUGGGUGCCUGCGACUGCACCUUUUGCCUGCAAGAGUGGCGUCUCCUCAUCUAUUCACCACCCUUUCUUUACAAGGAUCUCUCUUUUCAGUCUUCUUCCAACACAGGAACUUUCCCGGAAACACUCUCUCUCCUCCUCUCGACCCAUGUUUCUCUCUCCUCUGCAAAAAGGCAUUGUGCUGCCCAAUGCCUUGCCGUGACAUCAAGUUAAAGCCUGCUGUCCCUCUCUCUCUCUCUCUCUACCCCCUGGAGAGAGAAGGUACCUGUUUUGGGUCAUGUCAUUUACUUGAGAGGGAUAACCCCUCUAGAGAGAGAGAGGGGAGAGAGGCUAUCAGCUAUGUGUUCUCGAUGCAUCCCAUUGCCAACUCCUUUCUGUAUCCAUUUCUUGCUUUAUUUAUACUCAAUUUAGAGGAGAGAGAGAAUGGGUCACGUAUGUUGUAGAUACAAGCGUGUUAACAUUGGUAUUUAUGAACUUUUAGAGAGAGAAAGAAAAGCUCAUAAUUACUGAGACCUUAGGGAUUUAAAAGCAUGAAUCCAUUAGAGCAUUUAGAGAAAGAGGGAGCUAAUUUCCAAGAGAAAAACCAUGAAUCCGUUCAAACAUUUAAAGCCUACCUGCUUACGUUUUAAUCAAGCCGAACAACUUGAUCCAUAUAUUUAAAUGAAAAUUUUCAAAUAUUGCUAACAUUGGUCAUGAGUCACCUGUCUCCCAUGCGAUGUCAUUUGAGUCUGACGAGCCAUUGAAUCGGAGGAAGGUUCCGUCAAGUUUAAACUGCUCGGACCUGUGGGAUCGUUUUGUAAAAUAAUAUAUGUAUACGGGUUAAUUGUAGAAUUAAA